AUGGGCAGCUUCUCAGAGAACCCUCUUCGGGGCCCCUCUCCGGGGGUCAGCUCUGGAACCCCUUUUGGGGGGCCCCCAGGGGCCCCCAGAGGGGCGGACAUAGUGGGUCUGGAGGCCCUCGAGGAGGCCCUCAAAAAGGGGAAAAGGGGGGCCCCCGACAUUUUGAUAAGUUCUCCAGAACAAAUGGUUUCUUUGAAUGCUUAUGGAAAGCUUUUGGGCCGGCGAAACUUAAUCCCCUCCGUGGCCAUGGGCACUCUGAGUGGCGACCCUGUGGAGGCCAUUCGGGUGUACAGACAGCCCACAGUUCAGUUCCGAGCCGACAGACUUUUGGGGCUGCAUGCAACUUUGGGUUAUGUGUCUUUGGGGGCCCCCCAGUUGUUGGCGAACUUCCGGGCCUUCCUGGGGGCCCUCAGGGGGGCCCUCCAGGGGGCCCCCCGCGCCUCGGGGGGGCCCCCAAAGGGGCCCCCAAAGGGGCCCCUCUCCAAGCUCGUCAGGUGCAUGCAUGUCUGCACCACUAUGGGGCCCUCAGUUAAGGUGGACUUGCGGGGCUUAUGA